GAAGUCUCUCAUUUCAGUCAGGCACUGUGUCGGCCACUUCACGCGACAGAGUUUGUGAGGAAGGACCCAAAAACGGCGGCUUGUCGUCGGCUUCCCGGAGUCUGUUUGUAUACAUGAAACUUUAUCCAACUGAAAUCAACGUCAUCUUACUAAAAAACCCGAAGAACCCGCUGAGACGGAACCAUGUUUCUGUACAACAUAACACUGCAGCGUGCCACUGGCAUCACCCAUGCGAUCCAUGGAAACUUCUCAGGAACCAAGAUGCAGGAAAUUGUUGUUUCUAGGGGAAAGAUCCUAGAAUUAUUGCGACCAGAUGCCAACACAGGAAAGGUGCACACUCUGCUCACAGUAGAGGUGUUUGGCAUCGUCAGAUCUCUCAUGGCUUUCAGACUUACUGGAGGAACCAAAGAUUACAUUGUUGUUGGAAGUGACAGCGGUCGGAUUGUCAUCUUGGAAUAUCAUCCUUCAAAAAACAUGUUUGAAAAGAUCCACCAAGAAACAUUUGGAAAGAGUGGCUGCCGCCGCAUCGUCCCUGGGCAGUUCCUAGCCGUUGACCCCAAAGGCAGAGCUGUUAUGAUAGGAGCAAUAGAGAAACAGAAGCUGGUGUAUAUCCUGAACAGAGACGCAGCUGCAAGACUGACCAUCUCUUCUCCAUUGGAAGCACAUAAAGCAAACACACUGGUGUACCAUGUUGUUGGAGUAGAUGUUGGCUUUGAAAAUCCAAUGUUUGCCUGCUUAGAGAUGGACUAUGAGGAAGCUGACAACGACCCAACAGGAGAAGCUGCUGCCAACACGCAACAAACCCUCACGUUUUAUGAACUGGACCUAGGAUUAAAUCACGUUGUCCGCAAAUACAGUGAAGCUUUAGAAGAGCAUGGAAAUUUCCUUAUCACUGUACCUGGGGGUUCUGAUGGUCCCAGUGGAGUUUUGAUCUGUUCGGAAAAUUACAUCACUUACAAAAACUUUGGAGACCAGCCUGAUAUCCGCUGUCCCAUCCCUCGACGCAGGAAUGACCUGGAUGACCCUGAGCGUGGGAUGAUAUUUGUCUGUUCAGCCACCCACAAGACCAAGUCAAUGUUCUUCUUUCUUGCCCAGACUGAACAGGGAGACAUUUUUAAGGUUACUCUGGAAACCGAUGAAGAAAUGGUCACAGAAAUCAGGCUAAAGUACUUUGACACGAUUCCGGUGGCGACAGCCAUGUGUGUCCUGAAGACUGGCUUCCUCUUUGUUUCUUCAGAGUUUGGGAACCAUUAUCUUUACCAAAUUGCCCAUUUGGGUGAUGAUGACGAAGAGCCAGAAUUUUCCUCUGCAAUGCCACUGGAAGAGGGAGACACGUUCUUUUUUCAGCCCCGCCCCCUAAAAAACCUGGUGCUUGUAGAUGAACAGGAGAGUUUAUCUCCCAUCAUGUCCUGUCAGAUUGCUGAUUUGGCCAAUGAAGACACACCACAGCUAUAUGUGGCCUGUGGACGAGGACCUAGGUCUACUCUGAGGGUCCUUAGACAUGGACUGGAGGUGUCAGAGAUGGCUGUGUCAGAACUGCCCGGUAAUCCCAAUGCUGUGUGGACAGUCCGCAGACACGUUGACGAUGAGUUUGAUGCCUACAUCAUCGUGUCCUUCGUCAAUGCUACUCUGGUACUGUCCAUCGGGGAAACUGUGGAAGAAGUGACGGAUUCAGGAUUUUUGGGAACAACUCCCACUCUCUCCUGCUCUCUGCUUGGUGAGGAUGCCCUGGUUCAGGUGUAUCCAGACGGCAUCCGUCAUAUCCGAGCAGACAAGCGUGUGAAUGAGUGGAAGACGCCUGGUAAAAAAACGAUUGUUCGCUGUGCUGUGAACCAGCGGCAGGUUGUUAUUGCCCUCACUGGAGGGGAGCUGGUCUACUUUGAAAUGGACCCGUCUGGUCAGCUGAACGAGUACACAGAGCGGAAGGAGAUGUCUGCAGACGUGGUGUGUAUGAGUUUGGCUAAUGUUCCACCUGGCGAGCAGCGCUCCCGUUUUCUGGCCGUGGGACUUGUUGAUAACACCGUCCGAAUCAUCUCCCUGGACCCAUCGGACUGCCUACAGCCUCUCAGUAUGCAGGCCCUACCUGCCCAGCCAGAGAGUCUGUGUAUUGUUGAGAUGGGAGGGGUUGAGAAACAAGAUGAACUUGGCGAAAAGGGAACUAUCGGCUUUCUUUACCUCAACAUAGGAUUGCAGAACGGUGUGCUGCUGAGAACUGUUUUGGAUCCAGUGACAGGUGACCUGUCAGAUACCAGAACACGCUACCUGGGUUCCCGACCUGUCAAACUUUUCAGAGUUAGGAUGCAGGGACAGGAAGCUGUGUUGGCCAUGUCCAGCCGAUCCUGGCUCAGCUAUUCAUACCAAUCUCGCUUUCAUCUGACCCCUCUGUCAUACGAGACCCUGGAGUAUGCCUCUGGCUUUGCCUCUGAGCAGUGUCCAGAAGGUAUAGUGGCAAUCUCCACUAACACAUUGAGAAUCUUGGCUUUGGAGAAAUUAGGAGCAGUCUUCAACCAGGUGGCUUUUCCCCUGCAAUAUACUCCCAGGAAAUUUGUAAUCCACCCAGAAACCAACAACCUGAUUUUAAUUGAGACUGACCACAAUGCCUACACUGAGGCGACUAAAGCGCAGAGGAAGCAACAGAUGGCUGAGGAAAUGGUGGAAGCUGCUGGCGAGGAUGAAAGAGAACUGGCUGCUGAGAUGGCCGCUGCAUUCCUCAAUGAGAAUCUCCCUGAAGCCAUUUUCGGUUCUCCUAAAGCUGGAGCAGGACAGUGGGCAUCACUGGUUCGUCUCAUCAACCCCAUACAGGGUUCGACUCUGGACCAGGUGCAGCUGGAACAGAAUGAAGCUGCGUUCAGUGUUGCAGUGUGUCGCUUCACUAAUACAGGAGAUGAUUGGUACGUCUUGGUGGGCGUUGCCCGAGACAUGAUCCUUAAUCCUAGAUCAGUGGGCGGAGGUUUCAUCUAUACCUACAGACUCGUUGGUGGAGGGGAGAAGCUGGAGUUUGUGCACAAGACACCGGUAGAGGACGUGCCUCUGGCCAUCGCUCCGUUCCAGGGACGAGCCCUUGUGGGUGUUGGAAAACUGCUAAGAAUCUAUGACCUAGGCAAAAAGAAGCUGCUUCGCAAGUGUGAGAACAAGCACGUUCCCAACCUAGUGACUGGCAUCCACACCAUUGGCCAGCGUGUGAUCAUAUCGGACGUCCAGGAGAGUCUGUUCUGGGUGCGCUACCGACGCAACGAGAAUCAGCUCAUCAUCUUUGCUGAUGACACGUAUCCCCGCUGGGUGACGACAGCCUGUCUGCUCGACUAUGACACCAUGGCCUCUGCUGACAAGUUUGGGAACAUCAGCAUUGUGCGUCUUCCUCCAAACACCAGUGAUGAUGUAGAUGAGGACCCUACAGGGAACAAAGCAUUAUGGGACAGAGGCCUCCUAAAUGGAGCAUCACAGAAGGCUGAGGUAACGGUGAACUACCAUGUAGGGGAAACCGUGUUAUCGCUCCAGAAAACCACUCUGAUCCCUGGAGGCUCAGAGUCGCUGGUCUACACCACUCUGUCCGGAGGCAUUGGUAUACUGGUCCCGUUCACCUCACAUGAGGAUCAUGACUUCUUCCAGCAUUUAGAGAUGCAUAUGCGAUCUGAGUUCCCUCCAAUGUGUGGCAGAGACCAUCUCAGCUUUAGAUCUUACUACUUCCCAGUAAAGAAUGUGAUAGAUGGAGAUCUGUGUGAGCAGUUUAACAGCAUGGAUCCUCACAAGCAGAAGAGUGUUGCAGAAGAACUGGACAGAACCCCACCUGAGGUGUCUAAGAAACUGGAGGACAUUCGCACUCGCUACGCUUUCUAACGCUACACAUCCACACAGCAAGAGGGGCAGAGACACACUCACCAGGACCAUUCAUACAGAUACUCCUAUUCAUAACAAAACGACAUGGAUUACGGAAGAUGUCGCAUACAUGUAAUUUCCAGAAAACAUGCUGAGUUAUGAUGCAGCUUGAAUGCACCUUCACCAGCGCGUCUGUACGUCAUCACCCACAGUUAUGUGAACAGCGGGGCCAUCUUUCCACCCGGUCACAACUUUAUGAUCGACUUACUGAGAAACUGUCGCACCUCCACAGAGCCAGUUAGCAAAACCACACGGCAACACAUGAACACCGCUAAUACGUUCCAAGAAUUGUUCUCACACGAAGUUGUGAGCAGCGGCUAGACACAGUGAUGUGUGAUUUCUCUCUCACACACCUGCAAAAUGAAUUCACACGACUGCUUGAGCAAUUUCGUUUGCUGUCAUCUGUUGCCACAGGAUGCACAUAGUCAGUUUUUCUAAAGGCUGUCUUGCUUUCACAAGUUAAGCAUAUGUAUUUCUAUUUGAUAAUUUGAUUCCACAAAUCCUGGACACAACUGACAUGAACUAAAAUCUGCCACUGUAACAGGAGUGAUGUUGUUUCUUCCAUAUUUGAGCUCAAAACAAACAUGCUUUUUUUUAUGCUGUGAUGUUUUUUAAUGUGUAUUAAUUACUUAUUUUGUCAUGAUCCUAAUACCACAAAUCCACAAAUUGUAUGUUUCAUGGGUUUGUAGUUGACAGUACUCGUUUUGCUUCUUUGUAACUGGGAACCGCGUUUAAGCUACGGCCACAGUUAAAAAACUGUUGCUAUGAUGUGGCUUUAGACGAGGGGUAAACUCAGACUACAUGGGUAGGAGAAUACUGAAGGUCUGCAUUGGGUGUUGUUCUCCUCUGUCCUGUAAAUUCCCAACCUCAGCCACAAGCACAGACAUAGCAUUCCUCAGUCGUCACUGGCCCUACGAGUUUGUGGGAUGGGGGCAAUGGUCCGUUUUUGUAAAUAAAGCUUUUGGUUUUUUUUUUACUUGAUAACUCA